UAGAAGGCGACGUGUAUGAAUGAGCGUGGUGGGUGCAGGAGUUGGCAUCACUGACCCUGCUGGACCAGUAGUCAACACAGGUACUGAGUCAAGACGAGAUGGGUGGUGAUCCAGGAGGAUAUAUUUGAUGAUAUGAGAGAAGGAAAAAGUCCCUCAACAGUGUGUCAGCCAAUACGUGAGUUAUGUGUCAGCAAUAUGACGGCAGAUACGUCAGCCAGUAGUAGUGGUGUCAGCAUGGGUAGAAAAGGCGAGAAAGAAGUGAUUCAUUCGGGGCAUUUUAUGGUGUCUGAUUUUGAGGCAGAUGCCCAAGAUGACGAGGAAAAUGUCCUAUUGGAGAUCCCUGGGGAUGUAUAUGCUGGGAAUAAUGAUCCUGCAGGACAUUAUGUUCCCCAGGAUGAACAAGGAGUUAUUACCUACGCCAAGAAGAACACAGCAGCCAGGAUUGACACUGUCAGCAUUGAUAGUUCUCUUACCAAGCUCUUUAAUGCCAUGUCCAUCGCCUACAGACACAAGAUCACGUCACCCAAGUGGAACAGGUUUAAAGGCCUCAACCUGAGAUGGAAGGACAAGAUUCGCCUCAACAACGUCAUCUGGAGGUGUUGGCAUAUGCAGUUUAUCAGGAAGAAGAGAAUGACGGUCUGCCAGUUUGCGCUCGACGUGGACAUUCACAACAGGCCCGAGGCCAUUGUGCUGGAGGGGAAGUACUGGAAGAGACAACUGGAGGCGGUGACGGCUGAGUACAAGAAGUGGAGGAUUUACUACAAGAAUAAGAUGUGUGGCAGUACUUCUCUAGACUCUGAUGCGUCUAUCUUUGACCUGGAAGGCAUGGACUUCUCUCGGAGUUACUCGGGGAUGCCGGUCUCCCUGGAAGACGGAGACCUCACGGAGUUUAUGGACUUCACCGACGUUCUCUUCUCUUCUCUCAUUAGUCCUCCACAGCCCUUUGCCUUCCCCAACCCCAGAGAAAUUGCGAGAGGUACAGGUAACUCGGAUUUCAUUCAGCCGGGCCUCAUCCAGCUACAGCCCAACCUGGAUGACUUUAUGGACAUAGUGGAGCCUCUACAGGAGAUGCUGGCUGGUCGAGUACUGUCUACUGUACCCGAAGAAGAUUUCCUGCCGGAGGUUGGUGAGACUCCUGAGUUACCACCACCUCCUCCUCCAGCCACCUCUUCCUCCUCUUCGUCCCCUCUACAGUAUACUGCUAGAGUCACCACCGGCACCUCCUUCCUCGAGCCUUCCUCCUCCCCCACCAACUCUCCCUCACUGCAGCUGCUGUGCAGGUGUUCCAGGGAGUCACAGCAGCAGCAGCAACAGCAACAGCAGCAACAGCAGCAACAACAACAACAACAGCAGCAGCAACAGCAGCAGCAGCAGCAGCAGCAGCAGUUGGUUAACCUUCCUGCUCAGUCGCCGCCUGUACCCUAUCAGAGCUCCAUAGUGAGGACGCCCCUCUUGUCCUCGCAGCCCCAGCAGGCGAUACACCUUCAGCAGCCACCAACUCCGCCACAGCUGCAGCAGCCACCUACUCCUCCUCAGCUGCAGCAGCCCCACACUCCACCUCACACGCCGCUGCAGCAACAGUCUCCAGCUUCCCCACAGCAGCAGCACCAGGCAGCACCCAGAUCAUUCAUCCGCAGCCACAGUCAGCAUGAACUCACCACCCAACAACAGGCGCCACACAUUCAUCAUGACAAUCCCUUCAUCAUCCCUAAGCCUCUACCACGGCGGAGAUCCUACAGCUCAGGGGGCAGCAGCAGCAGCAGCAGCAGCAGCAGCAGCAGCAGCAGCAGCAGCAGCAAUGGUGGACUGGUGGGAUCACCAUCGUUGGCGCCCCACCAGGUGAUCACGGUACCUGUCACGUCUCUCCCUCACUCCAGCAUCGCCAUCAGCUCCGUCACCGCCACGACUCUUCCUCAUCUCGCGCCGUCCUCCGCCACAGUCACCGUACAGGGCGGCCGGACAUCCCUCGUGUCGGUGCAGGCAGCCAACACGUCUGCAGGCUCGGCCCUGCUCGCUCAGCUCCUCACUUCAGGCUCAUAUCCAGUCACUAGCAGUCAGUCAGUCACCAACACCAGUCAGUUAAAUAACCUGAAAAGCAGCAACAUGACUGUUAACUGUUCCAACAACGUGAAGGCGUCGCUGGUCAUACCUGGCGUCCUAGCCAACGGGAGCUGCAACAGCAGCAUGACGACUAACAGCAGCAUGAAGCCACUCAUCUCUGCCUCCCUCUUAGUGCCUCCCAUCACUCUGUCUGCUGUCACUCCUUCAACGCUCAAGACCCAAACCAUAGGACAGAUUUCUCCCUGGAGCCCUUGUUCACCACAGGGGAUACUGAAGCAGUCUCCACCUCACCCAGAACCUUCCUCCCCUCUCAUGAUGAAUAUCCCAUCACCACCCAACAAGCCUUUUAGAGCCAAGAGUGACUCUGAGCGUGUGCAGUACAAGGAGCACCGCAGAGUCUGUCACAUCAACGCAGAACAGAAACGCCGCUCAAACUUAAAAAAUAACUUUGACAUCAUGCACCAUCUGAUACCUUCCAUUAACCAGAAUGCUAAUGCUAAGAUCAGUAAAGCUGUCAUGCUACAAAAAGGGGCAGACUACAUCCAACAGCUCAAGUCAGAGAGGCAGCAGCUGACGGAACAAGCGGAGAAACUCAGAUCACAGAUUGAGACUCUUAGUUGUGAGAUCAGUAACGCCCAGUCUCUGCUCCCGGCGACAGGAGCCCCCAUGACCCACGCUCGUUACAGCAAGCUCAAGGAGAUGUUCAACAACUAUGUCCGUGAACGCACAUUAGCUAACUGGAAGUUUUGGAUCUUCUCCCUCAUCACUGAACCUUUGUUGGAGUCUUAUAACAGCAGCGUCAGUACCAGCUGCUUAGAGGACCUCUGCCGCUCUUCCCUCGCCUGGCUCGACCAACAGUGUUCUCUCAACGUCCUGCGGCCACUUGUGUCCAGUUCUAUGCGUAAGUUAAGCACGACCACAAACGUGCUGGCUGACCCCGACAGUCUCCCAGAGGAGGUGUAUCGCCGCGUCACCAAGCAGGAAGGCGACAUGUUCUAUCAGCGGUGAUCCUGGGCCCUGGCUUCACUCGACACAGAUCACGUCCCGCUGAUGGAGUCUGUAGUGUGAGGAGCUGUCGGGGGAGAGGAUAACCAAGACCGUCAUGGAGUAUUAGAAUCUUUUAACCAUUAACCGGCGGCAAAGGAUUCCCUACUCCUCAUAUGUGCAAAAAAUGGAGUGUGAGGAGCAUGAAACCUGGACUGGUGAUGACGCCGUCUCUACUGCACACUUCCACCGAUAAUGGCUGCCAUGUAAGGGUUAAGUAAAGCCGUAAACACAGAUUUAUCAAAUAUAAGUAAACUGAGAAGGUUGUCUUCUGAGUGGGUUCUUAGACUAAAACACAAAUUUAUGAAAUAAAAGAGAUAUGAACCCGAGUCAGCCAGUGUAGAAGAGUCAGUCAGGCAAUUGGUCUUCCACAAGAGUAUCUAUAUUUUAUUCUCAUACAAAUGCCGGUUGGAAUUUGUCAAAAUUAUUUUUGAAAUUACGAAUUCCUACAAAUAACUCGUACUAGACAGUCUCAAUACUUAUAAAAGACAUAAAUUGGCAGCUUUCCUUUAAGCUUUUGUCAAAUCUCAUCCUUGAUGUUUAUGAUGCAUUUUAUGUCAUAUAAUUGUAGAUUCAUAUCAAGAAAAAAGCAUUAAUUGAAUGUUCUCUUAUUGAUACUGUCUCCUGCCAUGAUCAAGAUGGUCAUGGUAGAGUUUCCCUCCUGGAAGAUUAUUAACAUACAGUACUGUACCGGUAGAUGGUUGUUAUUAUUUUCUCACGUGAUGAAUCAUAACAGUUAGUAGUUUACUUCUUCUAUCAGUUACAACUUCCAUUAAAUAUCAUAUUCAGUCGACAUAAUCAGGCAGUCACCACCUCAGGGACUAGACCACACAAAAUGGAGGAAAAAUACACGACCGUUGAGUGUAGCCAAACACGCCAGGUCAGUACAGUAGUGUAAGAAAAGGACCUAUUUAUCUCUUAUAUUAAUAAACCAAUCUACAAAGUUAAAAAAUUAGGUUUUAUAUUUUUUUAUGCUAACUGGAGGUGCAAAUGUCCCCUGUGCUUACUGGUACAACACUACAGUACACCAGUCAUGUAUUAUAUAUGUUCAAGUAUUAUGGGAUAUCUUAAACUCUUAAUUAAUUAUAUCUGAUUCAACGUUACUCUUAAUAAAUGGACUCGAUUAUUUGUCGCUAAAACUUAACCUUUGUGAUGCCCCGGUCUCUUACGGCUCGGAUAUAACUCAAGAUUUACCCCGUCUUCCAGUACAUUCAAAACGUCUCGGACGAAAAUAAUUCUUUCCAUGACUUGGUUAUUUUUGUCUAUAAAAGAAUUCUGCCUGCUGAGAGACUAAUGAGGCCUAGUCACAUGUGAUGAUUUGUGUUAUAAUACAGUGAUCCCUCGGUUAAUGAGCACAAUUCGUUCCAGAAGGUUGCUCGUUAACCGAAAAAUUUGUUAACCGAAACCAUUGUUUCGAUGGGUUUUUGGGCCUGGUAAUUGGUUCC